CACACCUCUUCCUGUCGCCGUGUUCCAUUGAGAGUCCGUUGUUCUGUCUUUCUCACUCAAAUCUCAGUCACAUACUCACCUCCUGCAAAAAUCUCUUCCAAAUUCCACACUUUCCCAUUCCCAAACCCACCCUUUCUUCAUGGCUUCCCUCAACCUUCUUCCCCACCCUCCACCCUCUUCUUUUUCCUCUUCUUCCUUUCACAGGCUCCGAUGCAACACCCUUCUUCUCGCGCCAAAACCUUUUCAGCGCAGACCUUCUUUUCUAGUCAAAUCUGCUGUAGGUGUGGCUGAACCUGCUGCAUAUUCUUCUGGCUACGCCGGGGACACUUCUGAUUCCAUCUCCUCUCUGAAGCUCAAUCUGCUGAGCGCUGUUUCUGGGCUGAAUAGAGGUCUUGCUGCUAGUGAAGAUGAUCUGCGAAAGGCUGAUGGUGCGGCUAAGGAACUUGAGGCUGCUGGGGGACUUGUGGAUCUUUCCGUUGGUCUUGAUAAAUUGCAAGGAAGAUGGAAACUCAUAUAUAGCAGUGCAUUCUCAUCUCGAACUCUAGGUGGUAGUCGCCCUGGACCUCCCAUUGGAAGACUCCUUCCCAUAACUCUUGGACAGGUUUUUCAACGAAUUGACAUCUUAAGCAAAGAUUUUGAUAACAUAGUGGAGCUUCAGUUGGGUGCUCCAUGGCCACUACCACCCCUUGAAGUAACAGCCACAUUGGCUCACAAAUUUGAACUUAUAGGAUCUUCAAAGGUAAAGAUAGUAUUUGAGAAAACCACUGUGAAGACAACUGGGAAUUUACAACAGGUGCCACAAUUAGAGGUACCUCGAAUUCCGGAUGCAUUGAGGCCUUCUUCCAAUACAGGAAGUGGUGAAUUUGAAGUUACAUAUCUUGACUCAGAUACCCGCAUCACAAGAGGGGACCGAGGCGAGCUAAGGGUCUUUGUGAUUUCUUGAGUUUCUUCUGAAUUCAACCUGAGUUUUUCAUCUUCUUGCCCUUUUUUUCUUUAUUCUUGAUAGUAUUUAUUAAUAGUUUCCCAACAUUGUAAACAAGAAUAUAUGGACGGAAGUAAACCCCACUGUAACAUGUAUUUACGGAUGGAACUAAACCCUUCUACGUAGUUCCAAGGAAACACGGUACUUUAUGUUUAAAUGUAAUAUAUUUCUUUCUUAAAUUAAAAAAUCCAGCUUAGAUGUUAAGAA